UGCUGACUUCACGUUGCUAGCUAGUUGCAAUAUUGUAGCUAUUAGCACACCCUCGAUGGGAGUGAGAUAAUUUUACCUUCACUAAAACAUCAAGCCUUAGCUAGCUAGAAAGCUAACUUAGCUUGACGCAUAUUUUCAUAACCGUGCACAGUGAUAUAUCCACAUAAUUUGUGUUUUACUGCUUUAACGUGCUACUAUUGUAGCUAACUAAAGCUAGCUUUCUUAUUCUAUACACGUUUAGCUAGGUAGCUAGCUGAAUUUCUGUCAGUUAACUUCUAGCAGUUGUUUUCGUUAUUCCUUAGCCAGCAAAGCAUGGCGAUGAGGCAAACGCCACUGACUUGCUCAGGCCACACCAGACCUGUUGUGGAUCUUGCCUUCAGUGGUAUAACUGCUUAUGGGUAUUUUCUCAUCAGUGCCUGCAAAGAUGGUAAACCCAUGUUGCGCCAGGGAGACACAGGGGACUGGAUCGGAACGUUCCUGGGUCACAAAGGUGCUGUCUGGGGUGCCACUCUGAACACAGAAGCCACCAAAGCAGCCACAGCUGCUGCUGACUUCACUGCAAAGGUGUGGGAUGCAGUGACUGGAGAAGAUGUCCUCACAUUGGCACACAAGCACAUUGUCAAGUCUGUCAAUUUUACUCAGGACAGCAACCACCUGUUGACAGGGGGAAACGACAAGCUGAUACGCAUCUAUGACCUCAGCAAACCUGAAGCAGAGCCUCAGGAGAUACCUGGCCACACCUCUGCCAUCAAGAAAGCUCUAUGGUGCAACAACGACAAGCAGAUCCUCUCAGCUGCCGAUGAUAAAACUGUAAGACUGUGGGACAGGAAUUCCACAGAGGCUGUGAGGACACUGUCCUUUGAUAUGUCAGUUAGCAGCAUGGAGUACAUCCCUGAUGGAGAGGUCCUAGUCAUCACCUAUGGAAAGACCAUCGCUUUCUACAAUGCCCUCAGCCUUGACUUGAUCAAGACAGUGGAUGCCCCUGCUUCCAUCCACUCAGCCUCUCUACAUCCUGACAAGGAAUUCUUUGUUGCUGGCGGAGAUGACUUCAAGCUCUAUAAAUUUGACUACAGUACCAAAGAGGAAUUGGGAAAAAAUGUUGGUCUCGCUGGCCUCUCUCAACCCAUUGUAGAGUCCUACAAGGGUCAUUUUGGACCGGUCCACUGUGUGCGCUUCAGUCCUGAUGGGGAGCUCUAUGCCAGCGGCUCUGAAGAUGGUACGCUCCGUCUAUGGCAAACUGCAGUGGGGAAAACCUACGGCCUGUGGAAGUGCAUACUUCCUGCAGAGGAGCUGGCAUCAGAGAUCUCUGAGACGCCAUACUGCACGGCCCCUGAGAUAAAGGCCUGAACGUGGACGAGGAGAACGGGAUGAAUGUAAGAGCAGGCUGUUACAGUCUCAAACCAGUGUUUCUGCCAGGAGAACAGUACCUGUACCCACUCCUCUUCUACAGGGGACAAGCGUGGAGUUGAGCUCUGACUUGAGUUCAGACAAACUACACACACACAAUAUGGGCACCAGAGAAAAGUAGUAGACCUGUGAGCCAAUGUCUCAUCGCUGCCUGCUUUCUUUCUGAAUAGCUCUAGAUCUACAUUACCUGUUUGUUCAACGUUGUUUUGACCCCAUGUGCUACUUUGUUUAAAACUGGGGGAAACAUUUAUCCUAGACUUUAUUUUUUUCUAAUUUGGAAAAUACACUGGUUAAACGGGUGAGGGGAAGUUUUUUUUUCUCAAAGAGAGCAUCAAGAUCUAUGUAUACAUUUUAUUUUUGUGGCUAUGUAACCGUCAACGUGUUUUAUAUUGGCGAAAUGUAACAGUAACACACAAGGGAGCAAAAUUACUUGAGUUUAUUGCAUUGUUUUGUUUUUUGCAACCUUGCGGUGUUGAGUAAUUAAAUAAUUAAAAAAAAGACAAGCAUUAUUUUAUUUACA